AAGUAGAUAAUGAAUUAACACUUUCUGGUGUCUAUAAAUUUACUUCUUUAAAUGGAAAUGCUAGCAUUGCUACAACUACCAAACUUCUCGAAACAACUGAUAAAAAGGGUAAAUCAACAUUUAACCCCGCUUCUCGAAAAAUUGUGGUUAGUUCACCAAAUCUUACCGGCAAAUGUACUCAAGAAGAGCAAAUAUUUUGCAACUGGAAUUUUUGUAAUAUGUCGUUUCAAACAAAGCCAGAUUUGAGAAAGCAU